AUGUGGCUCACGGAUCAGCAAAAAAUUGGUGUGGGCCUGGUGUCAGGCGGCGUUUUCUUUUUGGCACUGGGCGUCAUUAUGUUUUUUGAUGCGACGCUUCUAGCCAUGGGCAACGUACUGUUUGUGUCCGGUAUUGCACUACUUAUUGGACCUCAAAAAACUUUGUUAUUUUUCGCUCGGAAACAAAAAAUUCGCGGUACUGUUUGCUUCUUUACCGGUAUGGGUCUCGUUUUUUUGCGCUGGGCCAUCGUUGGUGUGAUUGUCGAAACAGUAGGCUUCUUAAAUUUGUUUGGGGACUUUUUCCCUGUGAUUCUCAGCUUUAUGCGGCAAAUGCCGAUCAUCGGCAAUGUGUUCUCGCUUCCUGUCAUCGGCCAAGUCAUGGACCAGCUAGCAGGCACACGGCGCUCCGCUGUAUAA